CCCCAUUGCUUUCACAUCACUGUUUGCUAUGUGUGUUGCCAUUCUCACAUACCCAGAAGGUUUCGGUAGAUAUAUCGCUGGACAGUUCACAUUCCGUGAAACCCUAGCUGAUUUCUUGGCUAACUGCUCAUUCACACUGGCCAACGUCAGCUCACAUGGAUGUCCACCCGAGAUGAUCGCUCAUUGGACCGGCGGGACUUCCGGGGAAUUCCACCCGCUUUUGACUCUUUUCUGCUAUUUCGCCGUCUAUUAUGUUUUGGUAGCCAUUUGUGUGGGCCUAUACUUACCAGCAGGUAUAUUCGUUCCUUGUUUCGUGAUUGGCGCAUGUGGGGGUCGAAUGAUUGGAGAGAUCUUAAUUAUGUGGUGGCCAGAAGGAUUCCGAGGCCUCGACGGUCCACAAAUUUAUCCGGGUCUUUAUGCUGUUGUCGCAUACGGUAGCGCAUUAUGUCUUCUUUGCAAAAACCACGUAUCAACUAAAUCUUACCGUCCUUUGAUAUAUCACGAAAAUCUUGAUGUUUCAGGGGCUGCGGCUUAUACGGGUGCAGUCACUCACUCGCUUUCGAUAGCUGUGAUAGUAUGUGAAACUACCGGUCAAUUAUGCGCCCUUCUCCCUGUUCUGGUAAUUUCUAUUCGAAAGUUUUAUGAAUUUUAU